UUUGCGGUGUACGGUCGUGUUUUUAGUCGUUUAUUCGUGGAAAAAUUCUGUGAAUUAGUGUUGUUUGUUUUUUUUGCUUUUGCUUCAGGAAGACAGGAGUUAACGAAAAAAUUUGUGUUAAUGAAGUAAGCAAAGAAAAACCGAAACCUAUAGGAGGAGCACGUCGUAUUGAGGAGCUGAACAAAAGCUUCUACAACUUCAUCCCUUAAGUUCACAGCUGCUUAAAUAGUCGAGCUCUCGGCCUAAAACGGAAUUGAUACGCUCUCUUACUCAAUUUAAGUGGUUGAUUAAGUGGCAUUAAGUUUCCCGCUAAAAAUCAGCAGGUUGACGACCCAAAACGUAAAUAGACAAGCAUGUCGCGGUGCCGGUUGGUACCAGAGUGUCUCUAGUGUAUUUGUUUGUCACAAAUUUCGAUAUUUUGUGCUGAUUCCGAUUUAAUUUUGUUGGUUUGUCGUAAUUGUGAUUUGAUUUAUGGGGUAGAACAAGCACAGCAACCCCCAGUAGACGGAACACAUUAAGGGUGAGGUUGAAGACUGCCGAAAAAUAAUCAAAAACAAAAGACUUUUAAAGCAUUUACAAAGUAGACGACAGGACAACAUUGAAAACUUUAGCAUUUAAAAAAAUCAAAAAAAGAGUAACAUUAUAAGGAAAACAUUGUAAGAAAGGCACAAAAAUGCCAAUGCCAAAUUACACAUAAGUCCUGAAGGCUUAAAGGAAUUGCAUCACGUUCUUUUUGAGAAGAAAAUAACUGAACAACAAUGUUUCUACCUGUUAAAUCUAACGUUUCCACCGAAAACUCUGGUAACACCGAAGAUGUUACCACGACCAGUAAUAAUUCAACACAAACUCCCAGCGACUUAAGCCCACCGGGACCAAAUGAAGAAGUUUUACCACAAGCGCAUCAUCAAAAUCCAGGCCAUUGCAUUGCUUCAUUUGCAGCCAUAAACCAGAUGAGAAAUAAUGCACAGCUUUGCGAUGUUACAUUGGAAGUUAAUGGAGCCACUCUGCAUGCCCACAAAGUCGUGCUCGCUUCGGUUUCACCGUAUUUUUAUGCAAUGUUCAAUGAUGAUAUGCUAGAACGUACCCAAGGAAUCGUUCGUUUACAUGAUGUUGAUGUGAUUGCGCUACGUCUGCUCAUCGAUUAUUCAUACACGGGUGAAAUAACAAUUACCGAGGAAAACGUUCAAGUGUUGCUUCCUGCCUCUGGUUUGCUGCAGAUACACUCGGUGCGUGAAGCUUGUUGCAAGUUUUUGCUCAGACAAUUGCAUCCUUCCAACUGUUUGGGCAUACGAAGUUUUGCUGAUGCACAUUCUUGCGAGGAACUCCAUACAAGAUCCCACAAAUAUGCACUACAAAAUUUUCAACAAGUUGUUGGUACUGAAGAAUUUCUUCUUCUGCCCUUUGAAGAGGUCAAAGAUUUAAUAUCAAAUAAUCAACUGAAUAUUUGUUCGGAAGAGAAAGUAUUCUUAGCAGUUCUUAAUUGGAUCAAGCAUGAUUUAGACAAACGGCAAAACCAUAUUGCAGAACUCAUGAGUCACGUACGUUUACCGCUUGUAAGUCGGGAUUUUCUGAUGACUUGCGUAGAGACUGAAACACUUAUACGCGAAGACUCACAGUGCAAAGAACUAUUACUCGAAGCUAUGAAAUAUCAUUUGUUGCCCGAGCAACGUAGUCUGAUGAGUAGUCAACGUACUCAGGAGCGAAGACCAGAGGGCAUGAAACCAUAUGUAUUUGCCGUAGGCGGUGGCAGUCUAUUUGCUAUACAUAAUGAAUGCGAAGUUUACAAUCCACGUACCAAUUCUUGGACACAGAUCGCACCGAUGCUUUGGCGACGUUCGCGUUCCGGUGUUACGUCGCUACACAAACAACUUUAUGUUGUUGGUGGCUAUGAUGGUGUAAGCGAUUUAUCAACUGCCGAAUUCUAUAAUCCCCUUAUAAAUAAAUGGACCAAUAUAACACCGAUGGGUACUAAACGUUCUUGUCUCGGUAUUUGUGCUUAUGAUGGAUUACUUUAUGUAUGUGGUGGUUAUGACGGAGCAUCUUGUCUCAGCAGUAUGGAGCGUUAUGAUCCAUUAACUGGCAUCUGGAGCUCCUGUCCAGCUAUGAGCACACGUAGACGUUAUUGUCGCUUGGCAGUGUUGGAAAAUUGCAUUUAUUCUCUUGGCGGUUUUGAUUCCACGAAUUAUCAAUCUAGUGUAGAACGUUUUGAUCCACGUAUUGGUCGUUGGUGUCCGGUACCUAGCAUGACAGCACGAAGAAGUAGUUGCGGAGUUACGUCAAACGAUGGUUAUUUGUACUGUGUUGGCGGUAAUGAUGGUACAAUGUGUAUGUCAAGCGGCGAACGUUUCAACUUGAGGCGCAACUCUUGGGAACCAAUAGCGGCCAUGCAUUCCAGAAGGUCCACUCAUGAAGUAGUCGAAGUUGAUGGCUCUUUGUAUGCUUUAGGUGGUAAUGAUGGCUCCUCUUCUCUAAACUCUGUAGAAAGAUAUGAUACUCGCCUUAAUAAAUGGACAAUUGUUAGUUCGAUGGUUGCACGUCGUAGUUCUGUUGGUGCUGCCGUAUUAGAAUGUUUCUAUUUGGAACGUGGUCUUGUGCAGACAACGAAUUUAUGACCUUUGUCCACAAUAGCAGAGACGUUUGCUGCAGCAGCAGUGGCAGCUGCAGUGGUUGGCGGUAGCAACAGUAGCGUAUCAUCAUCAAAUAAUGCGAAUUCAACAUUAACUUCUGCAACUUCGUCAGCGGCUUCAAAUAAUUUAGUAGUGCCUGGAAGAGCUGUAAGUGGUCGUAGUAUAUUAGCCAAUGACGUUGCCGGCUUGCUAGUAGGUAAUAGUGGCUUAAAUGCUUCGGUUUCAUUAAGCACUUCAGCGCCAUCCACCUCAACAUUACGUCGCAAUCGAGAACGCGAUAAUAUGAGUAGUGAAAAUAAUCGCGGAAGUAACAAUCCUUCAGUAGUAAGUGCAAACGUUAGCACAAAUAAACCUCCCUCGACCGCUUGAUGUUUCUUUCUCAAGUAUAAUAAUUAAAUUCUAGUCAGCUAAGCUGCGGCUACAGCAUUUACUAAUCCAGCUGACGAAGGUUAAUAUAUUAUUUUAAUUAAGAGAUGAUCGUGCACAUACUCUACGCUACCGAAUUUACUGCCCUUAGUUGUAAGCGCAAAAUUAAGGAAUUACAAUUUAAACUUCAAAGGACACCUUUCAUCUAUGGACGCAUAUAGUAUUUAGGGAAAAAUCGUUCUUAAAUCGCAUUCAACUACUUUAACGUUUAUAUUAUAUAAGACCCACAAACAAAUUUACACUUAUCGUUCUUAUAAGCAUUACCCACUAUCCUUAAGAACUAUUUUUACGUAACCAUAAAGGAUAUCUUUAGAGGAUAAAUCCCUUUUUUUCUAUUAAUAUUGUAUGAAUGUCGUGUUUGCAAAUUUAUGAGAUCGUUCAGACGAAUAUAUUAUAUUUACUUAGCUAAACCCAACACAAUUAAGUAUUAUUCAUAACGAUAUUAUAUAGCCCACGUAUAAUUAAAUUACUAAA